GUUAUCUUCUCCGUGCUUGCCUUCGUCGCUGGUCUUGUCAUUCUUUGGCUAGGCAGAAAAGCUGCAAAUGCAUUUUAUAAUUGGAGAAUCUCACGAAAGCGUCAGGGACUUGAUAGUCUGGUUGCUCGUAAGAAAUCUCUGCUGGAAACAGUGAAGGAGACGGAAACAUUCAAGGUAAUAAUGCCAAGACAGAAUUUGCGUGCAGAUCAAGUCCAGUCAGCUGUUUCACAGAUGAAUGAUAGACCCAUAGUGACAAACGGAUCAAAUCCUCCAGUGAAGAAGCUGCACACAAAAAGUUUUGAAAGUCUCCCAGCUGCUGAGACCCGUUUUUCCGACAUUUUAUUGCUUCUAUCUUUCUUAUGUAAAGCUGAAAUGUCUACAGCUGGUGUAGAAGAGAUGGGUCCUGUGAGAUCUUUACCUCCGCGUCCGCGGCUCAAACCCAUUCGCCCUUUUCAAAGAGAAAGUACAACAGUUGUCGAUAAAAUGGUUGACUACUUCUUUGGAGAUGGGCCAAGUCAGAGGCUUGCUUUGAUUUGCUCAAACUGUCAUGGACAUAACGGAAUGGCUCUUCCUGCCGAGUAUGAUUAUCUCGCAUUUGUAUGCUUUAUCUGUGGACACUUCAAUCCUGCGAAGAAGUUCAGACCAAGUCAUUAUUCAUCACCGGGACCAACACCUCCAAGAAACGUGAAAAUGAAUGCGUCUAUGCAGCCUGCGUCGUCAAACUCUUCAAAGAGACAAGGUAAUGGCAUAGAGGAAGUCGAUGAAAAGGAACCCAAGGAAAGCUCGCACGACAGCAUCCGCGAGGAACAAGUUCACCCUGAACUUUCAUCUCAUUAG